CUGGAGAGCCCACCAGCCUGCGGCCAGGAGCUGCGGCCCGGCUCCUCUUUAGCUGCGCUGUGGCGUGGCGGCGGGAUGGAGAUUGGGGAGGGUCCGAAUGGAGGGAGUGAUUAAGGUGAAUGGGCCCCGCCCUCUCUGCCGCCUGCCCCUCCCCCUCUACGACCCACUAGCUGUUCCGCCCCCCCUGGCCCGGCCCGGCCCCGCCCCGCAGAGCUAAAUCGGGAGCGCGACUGGAGCUGGAAUGCGGCGGUGGGGGGUGCCCUUGAUCUCCCUCUGCCCCUGCCGCCCGGCCGGCAACCGGGGCUCCCCUGGCCUCUCACAGCCUACUCAUAGGUCCCCGGGGCUCUUUGUCUCCCCUUAUCGAGGAGUCUCAGGUCCCUGGGAGUAGUGGAAGGCCUGACCGAGUCCGUGCCUCAGUUUCCCUGCCUGACCAAGGAAAAAGUUGAACGAGUUGGGAACAGGAGGAGCAACCCGCUUUCCCGCCAGGGCCCUGGGCCAGGGCCAGGUUUGGGAGGGGGCCGGCCCGCCCCGCCCCGGCCCGGAGCUUCGGCUCCGCCCUGGCAGGUUGAUGGCAGCGGCAGCUGACACUGCAGCGGAGCAGCCCUGGCCCGCAGACGAGAGCCGGGACCCCUCGGAGCCCGUGCAGACCAACGCCCGGACACUCUGAGCCUUGAACCCGCGGCUUCGCUCAAAUUCCGACUGCAGAAGAGCCGCCGCGGCGAGGGGACUCCCCUCCCUCCCGGCACCAGCCAUGAGCCGGCGAGUCGUCCGGCAAAGCAAAUUCCGCCACGUGUUCGGCCAGGCUGGGAAAGCCGAGCAGACCUACGAGGACAUCCGAGUGUCCAAGGUCACCUGGGACAGCUCCUUCUGCGCCGUCAACCCCAAAUUCCUGGCCAUCAUCGUAGAGGCUGGAGGGGGCGGAGCCUUCAUCGUGCUGCCCUUGGCUAAGACAGGACGUGUGGACAAGAACCACCCGACGGUCAAUGGGCACACGGCUCCCGUGCUGGACAUUGACUGGUGCCCCCACAAUGACAGCGUGAUCGCCAGUGCCUCCGAGGACACCACUAUCAUGGUAUGGCAGAUCCCAGACUACACGCCAGUCCGGAACAUCACGGAGCCCAUCGUCACGCUGGAGGGCCACUCCAAGCGUGUGGGCAUCCUCUCCUGGCACCCCACAGCCCGAAACGUCCUGCUCAGCGCGGGAGGGGACAAUGUUAUCAUCAUCUGGAAUGUGGGAACAGGGGAGAUGUUGUUGAGCCUGGAUGACAUGCACCCCGACGUCAUCCACAGCGUCUGCUGGAACACCAACGGGAGCCUGCUCAGUACCACAUGCAAGGACAAGACCCUGAGAGUCAUCGACCCCCGAAAGGGCCAGGUGGUGGCGGAAAGGUUUGCUGCCCAUGAAGGGAUGAGGCCCAUGCGGGCCGUCUUCACACGCCAAGGCCACAUCUUCACCACGGGAUUUACCCGCAUGAGCCAGCGUGAGCUGGGCCUGUGGGACCCGAACAACUUUGAGGAACCCAUGGCCCUCCAGGAGAUGGACACCAGCAAUGGGGUCCUGCUUCCCUUCUAUGACCCCGACUCCGGCAUAGUCUACCUGUGUGGCAAGGGAGACAGCAGCAUCCGGUACUUUGAGAUCACAGACGAGCCCCCCUUUGUCCACUACCUGAACACCUUCAGCAGCAAGGAGCCCCAGCGAGGCAUGGGUUUCAUGCCCAAGAGGGGCCUGGAUGUCAGCAAGUGUGAAAUUGCCAGAUUCUAUAAGCUGCAUGAAAGGAAAUGCGAGCCCAUCAUCAUGACUGUACCCCGAAAGUCAGAUCUGUUCCAGGAUGAUCUGUACCCUGACACGCCAGGCCCGGAGCCAUCCCUGGAGGCAGAUGAAUGGCUGGCAGGCCAGGAUGCAGACCCCAUACUGAUCUCCCUGAGGGACGGCUACGUGCCCCCCAAGAGCCGAGAACUUCGGGUCACCAAGCGCAACAUUCUGGAUGUCCGGCCGCCAACUGGUCCUCGACGCAGCCAGUCAGCCAGUGAUGCCUCCUUCUCGCAGCAGCAGCAGACCCUGGAGACGUUGCUGGAGGAAAUGAAGUCCCUCCGGGAGAGGGUCCAAGCUCAGGAAGAGCGCAUCACAGCCUUGGAGAACAUGCUUUGCGAGUUUGUUGAUGGCACUGAUUAGCACUGCCCCCACCCCAGUCCCCAUCUCCUGCUCCCACCUCCCUUCUUCUGACCCCAGGAUGGGAGGGGAGAGCCUGGGCUAGGGGUGGGUUGGCAUGAACUCAACCCAGGGGACUCCACCCACCAGAGAAGAUGGAGAAUAGAACGCUGUCCCCAGCUAGAACGUGGGGUUUCAUUUCUGAGAGAGGAGCUCAACCCCUCUCAGUGGGGCAUCGGCCGGCCCCCAACUUUGUGUGUCCAGAGAGGGGGGGGGGGAGAGGGUUGUGGUUAGCAUUCACUCAUUCAACUCCAACGUGUGCGGAGCAGAAAAGACAAAAAUGAAACCAUCCCUGCCUUCCAAGAACUUCCGUUGUUCUGGGGAAGACCUGGGAUGUGAACUGAGGGCAGAAGCAGGAUUGUGGGGGGCCAGUAGUGUCGAGAGUGGAAUUUUUAGGCUAACCCCUAGGACAUGGGCAGGGCAGGGAAGACAAGGGAUCAGGGCACCCCUUUGGGAAACAGGUUACUGGUGAAUGGCCCCUUCUGCCCUAGGCGCUCUCCUUCCUUUCUCUCCCCAGCUGCCACAGGGAUUAGAGGGUUUGGACCCUCAGGGUCAAGAGACCUGGGUGGUGAGAGAUUUCUCCUUAACCCAGCCCUGGGGGAAUGCUUUGCCCAAAAGUUAGUGUAGGAAGUUAAAGAGGGCAGAGACUUUCUACUCCAUCACAGAAGGGCGUAAGGGAUUGUGGGAGAGUUCUCCCCAGGUUGGGCAUGUAGAGAAAACCACUGGAAAGGGCCAAGUAGAUACCAUCUCCUCUUCCAUCUCUCUCACCCCACCCAUUUCCCCAAGAGCAUUUAGGCUUCUGUCCUGGUGUGUGAAGGCUGUCCCCCACCACCAUCCUUACAGGCUAGGUGGAAAGGUUUGGCUUGGAAUGGAGCAGAUUUUCCACACUCUCCCUUGUUCCUCUUUGUGCCUGUUCCCCAUCAUGGGUUCUGCUCUUUAAAAAGGAGAUUGUGGAGGAUUGAAGAAUUAAAUAUUUUAUUAAAUACUCA